CAAUUUCUGCUGGCGCUGGCUUGGGUCGCUCGAUCAAUCAUGAACUUACUUACCCAAUUUAUACCCCUUGUUUUUGCUGUAAUUGCCUGUAUGGCAAUCUCGAUUGAAGCCGAAGACUUUCUCACGUGCGGAGGCUUCAUCAAAUCAGAAAUCCAAAUAAACUUUGCAAGAAUCGAGGUCAAACUUUACACGAAGCAAGGAGCUUUGAAGUACCAAACGGACUGUGCCCCUAAUAAUGGCUACUUUAUGAUACCGGUCUAUGACAGAGGAGACUUUAUUCUCAAGCUGGAACCACCAUCAGGCUGGAGUUUUGAGCCAACGAGUGUAGACCUGAAGAUUGAUGGUGAGAAUGAUCCCUGUAGUCAAGGAAAGGACAUUAACUUCUUCUUCAAGGGAUACACUGUCUCCGGAAAGGUUGUAAGCAAGGGUAAGAAAGAUGGUCCUGAAGGCGUUCUUAUAUCUAUCAAACCCAAAGACAAAGAUGUUGCCAUGGAAACACGGACAAAAACGGGUGGAGUGUACAACAUUCCGAAUGUGUUACCAGGCGAUUUCAUCAUCACAGCUUCCCAUCCCUCCUGGACUUUUGAAAAGGCCAGCAUUACACACACAGUCACCAAGGAUACAGCUACUGUGGACUCUUCCAUUAUUAUAUCGGGGUAUGAUGUGAGAGGCAAAGUGAUGAGCGAGGGUGAGCCCAUCAAGAAUGUUUUCUUCAUUCUCUUCUCUGACACGGUUAAAAAAGGGGAUGUUACAGGAUGUCAGAAGAGUGCAGUGAACGGGUACCAGUCUGAAGGGAAAUCCCCUCUGUGCCAUGUGCAGUCUGAUGUGGAGGGUCAGUUUGUGUUUCCCAGUCUGGGCAGUGGCGAGUAUAGAGUGGUACCUUUCUACAAAGGCGAACACACAACCUUCGAUGUGGUUCCUGCGUCCCUUCAGUUUACUGUUGAGCACAACACUGUCCAGCUUCCGACGGUAUUUCAAGUUGCAGGGUUCUCCAUCACAGGGAGAGUGCUCUCAGUUGCAGGGGGCAGCGGGGUCCAAGGUGCAAAGGUCAAAGUUCAGGGCAAGCCAGAGGUCGUGACCGGGCCCGAUGGUACUUUCAGGAUGGAGAAGAUCAAGUCUGGAACCUACACACUGCAGGCCAGCAAGGAAUAUUUGACCUUUGAUCCUUUGAAUGUCAAGGUCACACCUAAUACUCCUAGACUGCCUGAUAUAGUAGCCUCAAAGUAAGUACAGUGUACUUAA